AAAAUGCAGGGAUUCGAAUCGUGUCUCUAUCAGACAAUUAUGAAUUAUACGGAAGCGUUUCGACGACGUAAAAUCGCAUUAAUUACGGGAAUUUCCGGACAGGAUGGUUCAUAUUUAGCUGAAUUACUUUUAUCUAAAGGCUAUAAAGUACACGGUAUUAUUCGAAGAUCGUCAUCGUUUAAUACAGCUCGAAUUGAACAUUUAUAUUCGAAUCCAGUUACUCAUUAUGGCGAUCAAAAUUUUAAACUUCAUUACGGUGAUAUGACCGAUUCAUCUUGCCUAAUCAAAUUAAUUUCUCAAAUACAACCUACUGAAGUAUAUCAUUUAGCUGCACAAAGUCAUGUUAAGGUAUCAUUUGAUUUGCCUGAAUAUACUGCGGAGGUUGAUGCUGUUGGAACCUUACGACUUUUGGAUUCGAUUCAUGCUUGUGGAUUAACUAAUAAGAUUCGCUUUUAUCAGGCUUCUACCUCUGAACUUUAUGGAAUGGUGCAGGAAGUACCACAAAAAGAAACGACACCAUUUUAUCCAAGAUCACCUUAUGCUGUUGCCAAACUGUAUAGUUACUGGAUCGUGAUUAAUUAUCGUGAAGCUUAUAAUAUGUUUGCUUGCAAUGGAAUAUUGUUUAAUCAUGAAAGUCCGAGACGAGGUGAAACAUUUGUAACACGAAAAAUAACUCGGGCAGUUGCUAAAAUCGCUCUUGGACAACAGGAUUCUAUUGAGCUAGGAAAUUUGAAUUCUCGUCGUGAUUGGGGUCAUGCUCGAGAAUAUGUUGAGGCCAUGUGGCGAAUACUGCAGCACGACGUUCCGGAUGAUUUUGUAAUUGCAACUGGUAAAAAUUACGCUGUACGUGACUUUGUGCAAUAUGCAUUCAAUGAAAUCGGUGAAACGAUUGUAUGGGAAGGAGAAGGAAUCAACGAAAUUGGUAAAGAACAAAAAACCGGCAAAAUACGAGUCAAAGUUAAUCCAAAAUAUUAUCGUCCAACAGAAGUUGAUUUACUUAUCGGUGAUUCAACGAAGGCAAAGUUAAAAUUAGGCUGGGAAGCGAAAGUACAGUUACAGGAAAUAGUAAAAGAAAUGGUUGCUAGCGAUCUUCAAUUAAUGAAAGCAAAUCCAUUGGCUUGA